AUGGCUAGAUCAGACCUCUUCUCCGUCUUCCUCGCCCUCACCGUCGGCGCCAGCGCCCUUCCCCAGCGCGGCACCCCCGUCGAGAGGGCGGCCGCGCCCCCGGCGACCUUCAGCCCACAGCCCAGCACGGGUCCGGGUGGCAGUGACUACAAGGACUCUGCGCACUUCCGUGUGUACAGCGGAGCCAGCGAUGCGGACAAGGCGCUGGAGAUGCUGGAGGGCGCGUACGAGUGCUUCGUCAACACGCUUGGGUGGCGGUCGAGCGGCCUCUCGUUCAACGACGAGACGGACGCCGGGCCGUACUACAAGACCAACGUGUACUCCGUGAGCAACCUCGAGAGCGCCGCGGGCGUGAUGCACUCUGAGGUUGGCCCCGGCGCGGGCUGGCUCGAGGUCGUCAGCGAUUACCUGGCCACGCCGACCGUUACGGUCCACGAGUACGGCCACGCGCUGCACUACCACCAGAAGACGUGGGUCGACCAGACCAACACGGGAGCCUGGUGGGAGACGGUGGCCAACUGGGUCGCCGAUACGUACUCGACCAGCCCUCUGUGCGCUGAUGCGCGUACUGCGCACAACCAGGAGGAGGGCCGCAGCGAGCUCGAGCUUGCCAAGGUCAUUGGUGACUCGUUCCAGGUCAUCGUCGAUGGCACUCCCGAUUCGGGCAACUACUACCAGGCAUGGCCCCUUCUGACGUACCUGACCAACAACCCUGACAACUUCGCCGGGCUGGGCAAGGACGCCCUGCACCAGAUGAUGGUGCAGUACGAGGCCAACAGCAACGAGACACCCCUGCACGCGCUGCAGCGCGUGGCCGGCAACUCGACGGCGGGCGAGAUCGUGGGCCGCUACUGGGCGCGCAUGGCCUACGUCGACAUCGGGCACGCCCAGGCCCAGGCCGCCUUCGAGGAGCAGAAGAGCACCUUCAACUACGCCAACGUCGAUGCGUCUGGCGACGGCUACGCCGUCAAGUCCGCCCGCGCCCCGCGCUACAUGGGCGCCAACAUCAUCCCCCUGACCGCCGAGGGCGGCAAGGUCGAGGCCAAGGUCACCUCCUCCGGGGCCUUCACGGCGACGCUGGCCAUCAAGGGUGCUGAUGCCGUGCGCUAUGUCAGUCUCGCCAACGGGUCUGGAUCAGCUGAGGUGGCCAGCGGAGAGGAGGCCAGCCUGGUGGUUGCCAACACUCCCAAGGAGCUGCUCGAGUACAACGGGUUUGAGCUGGAGGGCAGCAAGGCCAACGAGGGCCUGGACUACUCCUUCACCCUGACCGGUGCUACUGUCGCCUCGGCUUAG